GUCUCUAGUGUUGUUUCUCAUUUUUUCUUUCUUGUGGAAAAAAGAAGCCACUAGUCUUGUUCCAAUGCAGAGACAAUAAGCACUCCGCUUACCAAUAAAUACGUCGUCUUAUUUCUUUUCUUAAAAACCCUCUUUCAGUCUAAGAUGUUAACCUCCUGUUUUGGGAGCUGCUUUGGUGGGGGAGAUGGUGAUGGUCUGCUAUGGCACAUGGACUUGAACCCACAUGCUACCGGUGACUAUUCUGUUGCUGUAGUUCAGGCCAAUUCCUUGCUUGAAGAUCAAGGUCAAGUUUUUACAACCCCUUGUGCUACUUAUGUGGGUGUUUAUGAUGGUCACGGUGGCCCUCAAGCUUCUCGCUUCAUCAACAACAAUCUCUUCCCUCAACUCCAAAAGCUUGCAUUGGAAGAAGGAGGAUUGUCUGAGGACGUGAUCAGGAAAGCAUUUGAUGCCAUUGAGGAGGGAUUCUUGCAUUUGGUGAAACAGUCUUGGCUGGAUCAACCUCAGAUUGCAUCUGCGGGGUCUUGUUGUCUAUUUGGAGCAAUUUCAAAAGAUAAAUUGUAUGUGGCAAAUCUUGGGGACUCCAGGGCAGUGCUUGGCAGGAGAGCAGAGACUGGCCAGACGGGUGAUUCAGCAGUAGUUGUGGCAGAACGUUUGUCUAUAGAUCAUAAUGUUGGGGUUGAGGAGGUAAGGAAGGAGGUAGAGGCACUGCAUCCAGAUGAUUCUCACGUUGUGGUCUACACUCGAGGGGUUUGGAGAAUCAAGGGUAUAAUUCAGGUUUCUAGAUCAAUUGGUGAUGUCUAUCUGAAGAAACCUGAGUUUAGCAGAGAUCCUCUCUUCAUACAAUAUGGAUAUCCUAUUCCUUUAAAAAGAGCUGUAAUGUCAGCAGAGCCCUCUAUAUUAAUCCGGAAGAUAAGACCAGAAGACUUAUUUUUGAUAUUUGCAUCGGAUGGACUAUGGGAUCAAUUAAGUGAUGAAGAAGCUGUGGACAUUGUUUUAAAGAAUCCUAGAACUGGAAUUGCAAAACGAUUAGUGAGAGCUGCCCUUGAGGGGGCUGCAGAGAAGAAAGAAAUGAGAUACGAGGACAUCAAACGACUAGAGAAGGGGGAAAGGCGGCAUAUUCACGAUGAUAUCACAGUUAUUGUGAUAUAUUUGGAUCGUCCUGAAAGGUCCACAAAUUCUGGAUUGAACAUUGUUAAGGGGACGAAUGUUCCUCUUGACAUAUACUCCUUGAACUCAGGUCAUCAAGGAGAGAACACAUCUUCUGUUUCCCCAUGAAUAGUGUCUAGUACAUGUAUAUGCUAUAUAUACCAUCUUGUGAAUUCGUCAUCUUAGACUUGGAGAGUUUCUUUAUAUACUUUUAGAUAACAAUCAGAAGGACCAACUAUGUACAUAUACCUUGAUGUACAUGUACCUUCUGUAUUGGUGUUGAUAGACAGGUGAUGACAAACCAGCUUGGACUUUCACUUCUGUUUUUGACACUUCCGCUUAAAGCGUUGUUUAUUUGUAUCUUAUUAUAGUUUCCUGGCAAUUGUACUACAACUUGAUGGUGAAAGUUUAUAUGUGAAAUGAAAUUACAGUUU